CGCUCCUUCCCAGAUAAUUAUUUCUAAGAAUAAAAAGUCCCGUCAGAGUGUCAGCGGCACAUUUGAAUGUUAUUUCUCCCAUCAUUCUAGCAAUUCGCAUAUUAGCAAUAUAUUAUUAUCGUUUCCAGUCGCUUUACUAAAGUGUGUACCAGCGUAUUCUAACAGCUUUCGCUUCCACUUCUCACCUUUAUUCAACUCGCCUAUCAAUCCUAUUAAGUCUCUCGAUGUAUGAUAUACCGGAACUACCCUCGUCAGUCUCCGAGUGGGAAAAAGCCGCCGGGUCCGAGGGUCUCGUCGGCGUGGGCAUAAACGAUGAGCAUUUCGUUAAAGCCAGAAGAUUGAGCUACCGCCAAUUUCUCCCCCUCCGCAUAAUCUGGAAGGAUAUUUCGGCAGCGUCCUUUGACCCAAAGAUUUUCGAUCUCGAUGAAUGGAUGGGGCGCGCUGCCGAUGUGCUUAAGGACUAUCAAUCAUGGCACGCAUACAAUAGAAGUUUCUACGGCAGGCCUGCCGAAGGGAACUUUGCUCUCGCGAGCAUUUUCCAGGCCCAGGCCAGACGUAUUCGAAGUGAGAAUUUUGGUGAUAAAGUUGUGUUUCGCAAUGGCUCUGCACCAUCGUCAUCUGGAGAUUCGAGCCUCUCCAACGAUAUCCCACAACAUGAACUUGAAGAAUGGGUACAAGACGACGACAAGGACUCAACGUCAGACAUGAAUACAAAUAUUACACCUUGGAACAGGAGGUACCUGGAAUCUGAAUUCGAGCCCACGAUAAAGAACGCGCUUGUUCUUUUCCUAACUGCCCUCACAAUGUCCGUCCCAGACCUCGGGGUCGAGUGGGUGAUGUCUGGAAAGACGUUGGUGGCCAAGUUUGAACCUGGCGUUGCGCAAUACAAAGUCCACGUGGAUGCGUUUAUGAAAGGCAAAAAUUAUGGCGGACCGCGUGUACUCGUCGACGUGAGGGAGCCUGCCCGACUUCAAGCGCGCCCUGAAAUUCGUAUUCAAGAAAGCGCCCAAAUGGUGGCCUGGUUGAUGACGAGCCCUGAUCGUUCCCAUCCACGGAUCAUUAUCUCACAAGAUGAAGACGAGAUAUUCCUCAUCUUUGCUGAAUACAGCGAGCCAUACAUGAGCUAUCUCGACUCGGCCGGGGGCGUGAAUGGAGACUCCAGCGACCCGGAAUCAUUCUUGACCAUGUACGAGGUCGGCCCUUUCAAUACAAACUACCAGUCGGCCAUGAGUAAAGUUGGGACCAUCAUACUUGCAUUGGUACUUCGCGAUGCCCAGUACACUCACAUGGGGCGGAAUAUGGACGGAAGGAUUUUCCCACAAGGGCCAAUCCUAUUUGGUGAUCUUACUGAGGCUGACAUGUAUGGCCCUUAUCAAACAGUCAAUACCUAGGUUUAAUGAAAAGUCAUUCGUUCACUAGAUAGACUAGCGAAACAAGCAUGAUAAACCUGUUAAGAACGCCUCCAGAAGCUAGAUCCAGAGACGUAAGAAGACCCAUCAGUGCACACCUUCAUUUCUGCCCGCCACUGCCACUAGGAGGAGUGUAGGUCGAGCCACCAUUUCCGUUAUUGUAGUAGGUGCUCCCAUUAGGGUUGGAGUAGUAAUAAGACCCAUUG